UCUGCAGAACAGAGCAAACAAAACAGGCAGCAAGGCGCAGAAAGUUAGACCAAAUGCAGUUCAUCUUCCGCUCUCUCCCAAAGCCAAUCUCCCACUCUCAAUCCCAGCUCCUCCGCCACGGCCGGACCUUCUUGGACGAUGCCGCCACCAUCAAAUGGGUUCGCGACCGUGGCCUCGACCACGUCGUGGAGAAAGAGAAGAACCUCAGACCCGUGCUCAACCUCAAGAACUUCAUCAAAUCCGAGCCCUCCAAGUCCGUCCCUAUCUCUGUCAUCUCGCAGAACCGAGACUCCCUCCAGAUCCCUAUCCGCCCCAUCGACUUCGUGCGCAGAUACCCUUCCGUUUUCGAGGAGUUUCUCCCCGGCGGCAUCCGCAUCCACCCCCACGUCCGGCUCACCCCCGAAGUUCUCAACCUUGACGCCGAAGAGCAGUUGGUUUAUCAGAGCGAGACCUAUAAGCAACAGGCCGCAGACCGGGUUUUGAAGCUCCUGAUGAUAUCCAGGGCCAAUAGAAUACCGCUCAGUAUCAUCGAGCUCUUGAAAUGGGAUUUGGGUCUUCCUCAAGAUUACGAGAAAACCAUAGUCCCCGAGUUCCCAGACUAUUUUCGAAUUGUGGGCCACAGAGAUUCUGCAAAAGGGUCGGAGGAUACGCGCGCUUUGGAACUGGUUUGUUGGAGCAAUGAGCUUGCCACUUCGGUUAUGGAGAAGAAGGCGAUGAAUGGGAAAUUGGGUUACGAAAAGGGAAUGGCUUUAGCAUUCCCUACGCAAUUUUCGAGAGGAUUUGAGAUGGACAAGAAGUUGAAGAAGUGGGUGGAUGAGUGGCAGAAGUUGCCUUACAUCUCUCCUUAUGAGAACGCGUCUCAUCUUCCGCCGAAGAGUGAUGAAUCGGAGAAGUGGGCGGUCGCGGUUUUGCACGAGUUGCUUCAUAUUCUUGUGCCAAAGAAGACGGAGAGGGACAAUAUACUGUGCCUUGGAGAGUGUUUGGGGCUUAGGUCCAGGUUUAAGAGAGCAUUGCUUCAUGACUCGGGUAUAUUCUAUUUGUCGAGUAAGAUUGGUACCUACACAGUGGUUUUGAGAGAAGGUUAUAAGAGGGGUUUGCUAGUUGAGGAUCAUCCAUGGAUGAGAAUGAGGAAUCAGUAUAUUCACCUCAUGAAUAUGGUGAAGGAAAAUAGUAAACCGGUUAGCGUUCCGGGUGCAAGUACUCAAAAGAAAAAGCAGAUAGGUCAUGAUGAAAAGGGGAAAGGAGAGGAAGAGGAGGAUAUUGAAAGUGGGGAAGAACAUGAAGGGGGGUUGUAUGAUUCAUCAGAUGCUGAGGUUGAGGAGGCUAGCGACAAUAAAUACGAACAUGAGGAUGAAAAUGAGAGUCACAGAGGCGUUAGAAGAAAUGUUGCAGAUAAUAGAGGAAGUAAAGCUAGGAAAAUGAAUUUCGAUGCGAAGGUGCCUUCGAGAAAAUUUGAAAGAAAAAGGGUAGGUGUUGAGGAGGCUAGCGACAAUAGAUACGAACAUGAGGAUGAAAAUGAGAGUCACAGAGGUGUUAGAAGAAAUGUUGCAGAUAAUAGAGGAAGUAAAGCUAGGGAAAUGAAUUUUGAUGCGAAGGGGCCUUCGAGAAAAUUUGAUAGAAAAAGGGUAGGUGUUGAGGAGGCUAGCGAUAAUAGAUACGAACAUGAGGAUGAAAAUGAGAGUCACAGAGGUGUUAGAAGAAAUUUUGCAGAUAAUAGAGGAAGUAAAGGUAGGAAAAUGAAUUUCGAUGUGAAGGGGCCUUUGAGAAAAUUUGAAAGAAAAAGUGCAGGUGGAAAACAACCUGGUAAGACAAAGGAAAAAUUUCAAUCCAAAGUUUCUAAAAGAGAAAAGAUGCACGGUGGGAAUAAUGUUGGGGGAAGCUCGCAAGAGAGAUCAAGUUUACCUAAAAGCAGAGGGAGGUCAUUGCCAGACAAGAGGAUUUCUACUUCGUAAAGAUUCAGAUUAUUUGCUGCAACAACAUGUAAGCAGGCCUUUGUUGGCUUUCUGGGGAAAAUGGCAAUCAUGCAUGAUGCAGCUUGAAAUAACAGGUGGUGAGAUCAAGCAAUUGCUGGUGUGGUUAUUUUGAAGAAAGGCUGAUUCACGGAAGAGGGAUUUCAAUUUUGGUGACUUCAGCAUUGCAAGCAGAGGUGCUGUCUGAGAAGCCAUCUUUCUUUCUUUCGGGUAAAGCAGAAUUCCUGAAUGCUAUAAACAUUGAUGGAUGUUAGCAAUAGAAAGCUUGGCUACUGGAAAGUGAAGUGAAUACUAUUCUGAAGGGGGCAUCAUCAUCUUACAGGCCUUGGUUCUUUGGACAUUUAUAUCCCUCUUCUGCUUGAAGCUUUUUCUUUUCUGGUAAAAGCUUGUAGGGUAGGUGGGGGUUGAAAGAAAGGUAUGUAGAUUGGUAAUAAGAAUUAUGUUGAAACUUUUUUUAAAUUUAUUUGAAUGGAAGGGCAUUGACAAAACCAGUCAAAAAGAUCAGAAAGAAAAGAACCAUUAGGGCUAAAUUUUUUUUAUUUUUUUUUAACCCCUUUCAGUGAAAACUGUAAAAGGAUUACAGCCAUAUCUGCGGUUGUGGAGCCCAAUAUGAUCAAUAAAGUGAAAACAUAUAAUCUUUGUUUA